CCACACAUCGAAAACCACAGCACAAAUCUUUUAUUAUUAAUUGUAAUAAUUACUAAUAGCAGCCCUGGAAGUUUGUGGUAGAUUCAUAUUUUGACUAGCGGGGUUGCAGAAGAGAGCUCGUGCAGGUUGACCAAUGAAGGGCAUCUAGAAAUUUAGCCCCACCCCUCAUCCAAUCCGAUAAUCAACCCGUAUGGUUAAUUUAUAUCUAAUAAUGAUUAAAUGGAGAUUAGAGCCGGAAUCCCGGUUCUCCCGCUAUAGACAAAAGAGGCGUUUUUUUGUUUUGUAAUUUUCAAUUUAAUGCAAAAAAAAAAAAAAAGGGUUAAAAUGUACACGGACCCUAAACACUGCAUAUGUGAAAGCACCCUUUGUUUCCAGUGGUAGUAAAUGCUAGCUUGCUAGCUAACAUAAACUACCUCGACAGGAUUUCUGAUGGGAUUUUUGUUAUGUAAUAAAAUUUAGCAAUAGUUUCUCAUCCAUAAAUAAAUACUGAACUUUAAAGUUAAUUUCUCUGACAUGGGUAGACGUUACCCAUUAAUUCUCAGUUAGUCCAUCGUUUGUCUGUUCUGCUCAGUUCUAAAAAUUAAUCCAUAAUCGUCUGGCUCCUCCAAGGCAAGUGGAUAGCUUUAUGUAUAUAGCCUUUUUCCGUAUACAAAAACUCCCGCCCAAAAACCUUACUAUUUUCCAGAAUUGAAAUCAGUGAUUAGAUGUCUGAGAAGUAAUACAUUUUCCCCUUUAUAUCUGCGUGGGCUAGGCUGAGGUACGGACUACCUCAUAGUAUCCCACGGAUGGUGCAUUUAAAAGAUGCUUUGGCAGGCAGUCACCUCCACCCAACCACACCACCAUACCAUCUUCCUGUCCACACAAAUACUGAUGACGUAGCCUUGGGGAAGUACUCGGCAGAACGCGCGAGUCCGCGGGAUGGGGCCGAUGGAAAAUGGCGAGUCUGUGUAAACGUCAACAAUGUACCAUCAAAGGACAUGGUUUUCGUCAGGAACUUGACUCGUGGCGGCAUAAGCUUAUUCGAUGUGUAGACCUUCCAAGCUUCUCAGAUCCCCUCAUCCCUCCAGUCGCAAAGGAGAUUAUGCAGCGAAUGAUUCAAAAGCUUGCCACGGAAUAUACCUCAAAAACCAGUUCAGCUCAGGAUAUACCCCCUUCCCAAUCAGUACUUAACAGCACCAAGUACCAAAGCCUGCCACAAGCACCCUUGCUAGACCCAGCUGCCAACACACCCAACUGCCUCUUUGGUUACACAGAUUCUGCCACCAUUAUUGCUGCCUCAUCACAGAACCCUGUCCUCUGCAAACUUUUCAUGGAUGACCAGGAUUCUCCACUGGACCUCACUGUUAAGAAGACUGGUGUUGAAUCCAGUAACCAAGAUGGUGUCCUGGAUCUCUCAACCAAGAAAAAACAAAGCAGAAUCUCUCUCAUGCCCUCUCAUGACAUCUCUGCCAUACCUGUAGUCAAAAGGCAACCCAUGAUAACUGAUCAAAACUACCAAGAAAUUGAUGAUAAGGAUGGAUUGCCACAACAAGGUUUGCAAGAUGGCAUUUGGGAGAACCAUACUUGCUCUACCCCUUUUAAGCCUCUACUUGCCAAAUCACUUCUUGUAAAGGAGGAACUCCAGAGUCAGAAGCAUUGCUUUCUUGGACAACCGUCACCUCUUUCUUUGGCCAGCUUAGAGACGGCAGGUUUUCUCAAUUCCAGUCAAACACACCCUCUCCUGUCUUCUGAUGGCUUCUGGGAGAAACCGCAACUAGAUGUACUGGAGUGUAAACCAGCCAGCAGCCAUCUUAGUGAUCUAAAGAACCUUUCACUUGUCUUAGAAAAUCAUGGAACCUUCACCAAAGGUACCAGUGCCUGCCAUAGCAAGUCCCUUGAUAUCUUUGCCUUUACAGCAAAGAAAGAUGCAAGAAACUCCCCUCCAGUUGACUUGAAGAUUCCACAAGUAAAGGGUAUGGAUCUCUCCUGGAACUCCAAUGGCAACAUUUCUGAUAUCUACAAUUACAGCUCCGUUACUACGGGCAGUGUGCAGACAGAUAAUUCUCUCAGCAGGAGGCUUAGGGCCAUUUUGCCCAAACAGAGUAGUAGAGCUGGUUUGGGAAGCCUCUUUGAUGGAGGUGGGGUGAGUGAGUAUUUAGGCACUGAUGGCGACCAGUCGACAUCUGGACCUCAGUAUCCAACCUCAGAUCCAGAAGCAGAUCCAACAGUCUCCAAGCAGCCACGCAAAAAAAGGGGCCGGUAUCGCCAGUAUAACAGUGAGAUCCUUGAGGAGGCUAUUGGUGUGGUGAUGAGUGGGAAAAUGAGUGUUUCAAAGGCACAGAACAUUUAUGGUAUUCCUCAUAGUACCCUGGAGUACAAGGUGAAAGAGAGGAUGGGCACACUGAAGAACCCACCAAAAAAGAAGCUUAAAAUGAUUAUGAGGAUAGAUAGACAAGACUCUGCAAUUACUGCAGAAACCGAAUCUACAUCAGCACCAACUGCCACAUCUAGCACAGUGCAAGAGGAUGUAUUAUAGGUGCUGAGAAAAACAAAAAGAUUAGUAAAUACACCAUGUUCGAAAAAAAUCAAAUGUUAUUGGCAGAAGGACAGGGCUUUAACUGUGCCAAUUUACUUUGCAGUAUCUGGGUGAGCACAACUAUCCAAUACAAUAGAUGAAGAACAAUAUUACAGUGGUCACUCCAAAGCAGUUCUUAGGUUGUAUUUUUUUAAUCUCACAAAAAGUAACAUUACUAAAGCCAUGAGGGAGGCAAAAACAGAUAUUUUGUAUAAGAAAAUAAGGAAUAUUAUGUUUAACCCCCUACUUGCUCUAUCUCCUAUGUUCAGCUACAUGCAAUUUAAAAAAAAAAAAAAACAUUUUUGGAGGCAGUAAAAAUGGGUUACAUUUACAGUAGCAAGUCAAAGGAAUGACACAAGCCCCUUCAAGAAUGAAUCUUUUUCCCUCUUGUCCCACAAUUCCCUUUCUCAUGCUACAGGUUUAUAAUAUUCUUUGGUAAUUAAACUUUUAAGUCUGCAGUGAUUAUUAUCGGGUAUCUGAUGCUAGUGUGUCUGUCUGUCUGUAUGUCUAUUUAUAUAACUGUCUAUUUUCCAUUUAUAGUCUGUUAGAUUAAAAAAAAUGUUAGCCAUGUUAUUUUAGAACAUGUUGCUUUAGGAAAAUAGUAAUUCAGGGAUGAAUGAUUUGAAUAUUUAAAAUGGUUAAUUAAUUAAUUAAUUUAUUUUAUUUAUUUUUUUCUUUCUUUUGCACUGUACUUUCAGUCUGGGACUUACCAGAUACUGGUUAUUCUGGCGAUAAUGUGGUGACCUGAUUACCUCAGCGUUAUUUGCAUUAUGCACAGUCUGUGUGGCUCACUUCAUGAUACUAAAGAAGUGUCCUCCAAUGAGAGCCUCAUAUUUUAUUAUUAUUUUUUUUUUUCAUCAUUUUAAAGACCAAUGCUGGCAUUAAUCGCUCUAAACGGGUAUGAACAGUCCCCUCCGAAAAUAUUGGAAUGGCAAGGCCAAUUCUGUUGUUUUUUUUCCAUACACUGAAGACAUUUGGGUUUGAGAUCAAAAGAUGAAUAUGAGAUGAUAGAUCAGAAUAUCAGCUUUCAUAUCAUAUCCUGAUAUCAACAUUUAUAGUUCUAUGAAAAAAUAUUUGCCCCAAUCCUGAUUUCUUCUGUUUUGUGUACAUCUCAUACUAAAUAGUUUUAGAUCUUCAAAUUAAAUACAACAUAAAACAAAGGCAACUUGAGUUAACACAGAAAUUAUUUAUUUUUUUAUUGAAGCAAAAAAGUUAUCCAACACCUAUUACCCAUGUGAAAAACUAAUAACAAUCUUUCACAGAACUGUGGUGGACUUUUGGCCCACUCUUCUUUGCAGAACUGCUUUAGUUCAGCCACACUGGAUGGUUUUUGAGCAUGAACUGCCCGUUUAAGGUCCUGCCACAGCAUCUCAAUUGGGUUCAAGUCAGUACUUUGACUAGGCCACUCCAAAACUUUAAUUUUCCUUUUUUUGAGCCAUUCAGAGGUGGACUUACUCCAAUGCUUUGGAUCAUUGUCUGGCUUCAUAAUCCAGUUGCGCUUGAGUUUCAGCUUACAGACUGAAGACCAGACAUUUUCUUUUAGGAUUUUCUGGUAGAGAGCAGAAUUCAUGUUUUCCUCAAUUAUUCCAAGUUGCCCAGGCCCUGAAGCAGCAAAGAAUCCCCACUCCAUCACACCACCACCACCAUGCUUGACCGUAGGUAUGAUGUUCUUUUUGUGGAAUUCGAUGCUUGGUUUACACCAGAUGGUAACGUAACGGUACCCCUGUCUUCUAAACAGUUCCACUUUUGACUCAUCAGUCCACAGAACAUUCUCCCGAAAGGUUUGAGGAUCAUCAAGGUGUGUUUUGUCAAAAUUAAAACAAGCCUUAAUGUUCUUCUGGAUUAGCAGUGGUUUUCACUUCGCCACUCUUCCAUGGAUGCCAUUUUUGCCCAGUAUCUUUCUGAUACUGGAGUCAUGAACAGUGACCUUUAUUGAUACAAGGGACGCAUGUAGUUCCUUCAGUGUUGUCCUUGGCUCUUUUGUAAGUUCCUGCAUGAGCUGUGCUCUUGGUAGAAUUUUGGAAGGUCAGCCACUUCAAGCAAGGUUCACUGCUGUGCCGAGUUUUUUUUCAUUUAGAGAUAAUGGCUCUCACUGUGACUCUUCUUUGGAGUCUCAGAGCCUUUGAAAUAGCUUUAUAACCCUUCCCAGACUGAUGUAUUACAAUCACCUUCUUCGUCAUUUCUGGAAUUUCUUUCAACUUUGGUACAGUGUUUUACUGGGUAAGACUUUUUAACCAACUUCAUGAUGUUGAAGAAGUUCUAUUUAAGUGUUGAUUUGAUUGAACAGGGCUGGCAGUAAUCAGGCGUGGUUGCGUCUAAUCCAGCUGAACCCCAUUAUGAAUGCAGUUUCAUAGAUUUGGGGAACUAGUAACUAUGGGGGCAAAUACAUUUUCACAGAGGCCCAGUUGGAAUUGGAUAACUUUUUUUGCUUCAAUAAAUAACGUUAGCAUUUAAAAAAUGUAUUUUGUGUUUAGUCAGGUUGCCUUAGUUUUAUGUUAGAUUUUGUUUUAAUUUCUGAAACAAGUAUGUUGAGCCCCAGGUUUCACCUGUGAAGACUACAUUUGUUGUUAAAAAUGAUAAACCAUAACGGCCAGAGAGCUGUCUAUGGGAGAAAAGCAAGCCAUUCUGAAGCUGAGAAAAGAGGGAUAAUAAUCAGUCAGCAUUGGGAGUAGCCAAUAUAACAAUUUGGAAUGUUCUGAAAAAGAAAGAAACCACUGAUGUAUUAAGAACCAGACACUGAACAGGUUGGCCAAGGAAAUAGCAGCUGAUGACAGAAACAUUGUGAGAGCUGUGAAGAAAAACCCAAAAACAACAGUCAAUGACAUCAUCAACAACCUCCACAGGGCACGGGUGUAAGUAUCACAAUCCACUGUUCGAAGAAGACUUUGAGACCCGAAAUAUAGAGGCCAUACCACAAGAUGCAAACCACUCAUCAGCAGUAAGAAUCGGAAGGCAAGAAUAAUAUUCACAGAGAAAUACAGAGAUGAGCUACAAAUCUGGAACCAAGAUUAACCUCUAACAAAGCAAUGGAAAGACAAAGUGAUGGAAAGUGUGGAGAAAAAAGGAUCUGCUCUUGAUCCAAAACAUACAAGCUCAUCGGUCAAGGACAGUGGAGGUUGUAUCACGGCUUGGGCUUGCAUGGCUGCUUCUGGAAUGGGCUCACUAAUCUUUAUUGAUGGUGUAACUCAUAAUUGUAGCAGCAGAAUGAAUUUAGAAGUCUACAGAAACUUUCUGUCGGAGAAAUGCAUCCUCCCCUAAUAGGGAAGAACUUGAUCAUGCAACAAGACAAUGACCCAAAACAUACUGCCAAUACAACAAAGGACUUUAUCAGGGGAAACCUGAUAACCUGAUAACCCAACUGAGCAUAUAUUUCACCUCCUGAAGAGGAGACUAAAUAGAGAAACCCCCAAAAUAAACAACUGAAAGAAGCUGCAGUACUAGCUUGGAAGAGCAUCAUCAAAGAAGAAUACAACAGUUUGGUGAUGUCAGUGGGUUGCCGGCUCGAUGCAGUUAUUGCAAGCAAGUGAUAAGCAACCAAAUAUUAAGUGUUAUUUACUUUAAGACUGUUUGUUCCUAUACUUUUGCUCACCUAAAAAUUGUGGUCUGCCACCAAAGGUGCCAUGUUUUAAGCUUUUUAACACAUCUAGAUGUAAAUAUCACGAAAUGAAAGUUGAAAUUCUGAUUCUACUCUCAACCAAGAGUAGACAUUUAGAGCUAUUAAUUGUUUAAACAAUAAAAGGGAACAACUGCGCAAAAUAAACAAACAAACAAAUAACUAACUAACUAACUAACACCUAUCAGUUAUAUGUUCCAAUAUUUUCAAUACUUGAAAAAUGGGUGGGUUCAAACAAAAGGUGUCCUGAUCUAAGUUGUUUAAAACAUUUAGAUGUUAAUAUCAGGAAAUGAAAGCUGAGAUUCUAAUUUAUUGUCUCAUAUUCAUCUUUUGGUCUCAAACCCAAAAGUCUUCAGUGUACAGCAAAAACAAAAGAAUUGGCCUUGCCAUUCAAAAUACUUUCGAAGGGGACUGUAGUUGUUACUGACAUUUUCAUUGAGAUUGGCAUUGCUUCUAAGGGUGUGCAGUGUGGAGUAAGGGUGUGCCCAGUAAGGAGUAAGUUUAAUUUAAGUUUAAAUUAUUCUAAUUAUAAUAAGAAGAAGCCCGUGUCUGUACACUAUUUUUCACUGAAUCUCAGGGUAACUGAGACAAAUAUAUAUCAAUAUAAUCGAAAUAUUGAUUAUAUAGUUAAAAUAGGACUGUAUGUAAGGUGUCUAUCAGGUCUAGCUAAGCUAUUAAUGAUAUAAACUGGCAUAGGGAAAUAGAUCUUCAAAGGAUUAGUUGAAAGUUUGGCAGGAAACCUCUGAGAAUAGCACUUUUUGUAAAUAACAUUUGGAAGCAUGUGAUGAUAGUAUCGGUUGCAGUAGCAGGUUACAUAAUGGUAUGUGAAGUCAGAGGGUGGAACAUUAGUGUCUUAAAAUAACCAAAAUACUGCAGCUCUGACCCAAACAUAUUUACCUUUUUAAUGUACACUGGUUGACAACUUGAAUUGUGUGUAAUGUAUUUGUAGACUUAGUUUUCUGGAUUCUUUCUAUAUAUAUAUAUAUAUGACAGCGCAGAUUAAUGCGUGUGUGUGUGUGUGUAUAUAUAUAU